AUGACUGACACUAGACGAAGAGUAAAGCUUUACGCUCUAAACGCUGACCGGCAGUGGGACGAUAGAGGGACAGGUCAUGUGUCUUCUUGUUAUGUUGAAAGGUUAAAAGGUACCUCUUUAUUGGUGAGAGCAGAAUCUGAUGGAACAUUAUUACUAGAAAGUAAAAUACAACCCGAUACAGCAUAUCAGAAGCAGCAGGACACUUUGAUAGUAUGGUCGGAAGGUGAUAACUUUGAUUUAGCACUAAGUUUUCAAGAGAAAGCUGGGUGUGAUGAAAUAUGGGAGAAAAUUUGUCAGGUUCAAGGCAAAGAUCCAUCGGUUGAAAUAACACAAGACAUUGUAGAAGAAUCUGAAGAUGAAAGGUAUGAUGAGAUGUCUGAUAGUGUUCAGCCAGUGGAAUUGCCUGCAUGUGAAAUGGGCCGUUUAGAGGACAUAAGUGAAUUGGUCAACAAUUGUCUUGUUUCACCCGCAAGAAAGGAUAAAUUAGCAGCAGCACUCGAGAGUCACAAUUACAUUAAAAAGCUACUUAACCUUUUUCACAUGUGUGAAGAUAUUGAAAAUAUCGAAGGAUUGCAUCACCUCUUUGAGAUAUUCAAAAGCAUUUUCCUCUUAAACAAAAAUACCCUGUUUGAAACAAUGUUUUCUGAUGAUACAAUAUUUGAUGUCGUCGGUUGUCUAGAAUAUGACCCCAGUUUGCCCCAGCCCAAAAAACACAGAGAAUAUUUGAGAGAGCUAGCCAAAUUCCGUGAAGCCAUUCCUAUUAAGAACAAAGACCUGCUAGCCAAAAUUCAUCAGACCUACAGAGUACAGUACAUUCAAGAUAUUGUAUUGCCCACACCCACGGUAUUUGAAGAUAAUCUGCUAAGCACACUGUCCAGUUUUAUAUUUUUCAAUAAGGUAGAAAUAGUGAAGUUAAUAGAAGAAGAUGAAAGAUUUUUAACAGAUUUAUUUAAGUUACUUAUGGAUGAUAAGACACCAGAUGUCAAGAGGCGAGAUUUAGUUCUAUUUUUAAAGGAGUUUUGUAAUUUUUCACAAAAUCUACAGCCACAAGACAAAGAUGCCUUUUAUAAGACACUAGUUUCAUUGGGGAUCCUGCCAGCCUUAGAAAUUACGCUAAGUAUAGACGAUCAGAAGACGAAGACUGCUUCUAUAGACAUAUUGACAUAUAUAGUUGAGUUUUCACCUUCAGUGGUGAGAGAUUACACAUUACAGCAAGCAAAUAAUACAGAAGAGGAGCAAAUGCUUUUAAACAUUGUGAUAGAACAAAUGCUAAGGGAUAGAGAUCCGGAGCUGGGCGGAGCUGUUCAAUUAAUGGGAGUGUUACGUAUUCUUUUGGACCCAGAGAGUAUGCUUGCUUCUGUUAAUAAGAGUGAAAAAGCUGACUUCCUAAAUUUUUUCUACAAACACAGUAUACAAACAUUAAUAGCACCCUUAUUAGAUAAUACAACAGGGGAAAAGCCCCUCAAAGAAGACUAUCACACAGUACAGUUGCUAGGUUUAGUAUUGGAGCUGCUCUCAUUCUGUGUUGAACAUCACACAUACCAUAUCAAGACCUGUAUAUUAAAUAAGGAUCUCCUACGUCGCAUUUUGGUAUUGAUGCGAUCGACGCACACGUUUCUCGUCCUCGGUGCAUUAAGGUUUAUGAGGAAAAUCAUUGCACUCAAGGAUGAGUACUAUAAUCGUUAUAUAAUAAAAGGCAACCUAUUUUCACCAGUGAUAGAUGCGUUUCUUAGGAAUAAUGGAAGGUAUAAUUUAUUAGAUUCAGCUAUUUUAGAAUUAUUUGAGUUCAUCAAACUGGAGGACAUCAAGUCCUUGUGUUCGCACGUUGUAGAGAACUAUGGCAAAAUUUUAGAAGACGUCGAAUACGUACAGACUUUUAAAGCGUUGAAAACGCGGUACGACCAACAUCAAGACAAAUUAAAGGAGAGAGACAGAGUAAGCGGUAGUGUGGGUGUGGCGGAAGCGGUUGUUCCUUCUCUCUUGCGUACGAGGUACCGUCGAGAGGCGCGGCAGCCAGAUGACGAAGAAGAGAUGUGGUUCAACGAUGAGGACGAGUUGGAAGACGAAGCGCCCUUAGACGCGGCCCAAACGCAUGCGCAUGCGCAUCAUGCGCUUGAUGCAAUCGGUAAAAUAGUGGAGAAAAAGGUGUGCCCGAGCACGGAGACCGUGAACGGACCGAGUCGGGUGCUCCUAAGCGCUGCGCCCGCUAAGCCGGCACACACCGACGUUCAGGUAUCCACGCCCAGAUUACUCAAUAAGGGGCUCGUUGACUACGAUGGCGAUUCUGACGAAGAAGAGGAGGGUGGAGGGACGAGCGGGAGCGGAACCAGCGGGGCAAGCGAAGAACGCGAUGCGAAGCGACCUCGCCUCGCGUAG